AUGGAGUCCACAAUCCAGUGGAAUGUUCCGUGCCUGGGUGAAUGGGGAGGCUGCGAGUUCGUGUGGGCGUGGUCAGAGGCGGAGCGACGGCAGGAGGAAGCAGCGGCCUUCGUGUUCUUCGGCAGAGACUUCUUCGAUGUCCCUCGGCCGCCUCGCCGCCCGCGCCAGCUGUGGGUGUGGAUGGAGGGUGAGGCUCCACCCAUCAGCGAAUCGAGUACGGGUAUCUGGAACAAAGCUGAGAGUGAAGGGAUCUUCUUUAACCUCACUAUGUCUUACCACCGUCUUAGCGAUUUGGUUUGGCAAAGCGGCGACCUCGUGCCCUUGACCUUUUCCGCUGGGUAUCCCUAUGAACCCCGCUACCUCUUGAACACCACAGACGAAACCUUCCAGCAGUACAAAGACUAUAUGCUUGGUUAUGACCGUUGGAUUAAGAUAUUCAAUGGUCCUCGAAUGCGGUCCGAACACGCAAGGAGCAACGACUCAAACACAAAUGGCUCUUUCAUGCAUUCUAAUGGGACUGCGGGUAAGCCUGAGAAACAAUAUGAGCGCCCUGGAGAGCGCCUUGAUAAGAAAGAAUCGUUAAACGCAACGGAUUAUAAAAAUAGCUCGGAAGCAGAGGCAGAAGAUUUGCCGUGGCACAAGUUUUACACUCAGGAGGAAAUGGCCAUGGCGAGGCGUACGAAGCUUGCGGCGUGGAUGGCUAGUCACUGCCCAACUGACUCGCGCAGGGAGAGCGUGGUGGCAGCCCUCCAGAGGCACAUAAGCGUCACCACUGUUGGCAAGUGCGGAGAGCUUUCGUGCGGGAGGAAUCACAUGGAUACGUAUUGUUACCGGUGGCUGGCUUCCUCGCACCUCUUUUACCUCUCCUUUGAGAACGCCCUUUGCGAUGACUACGCGACGGAGAAGCUGUGGCGUCCUCUGGAGCACGGAAUGGUGCCCGUCGUCUACGGUGGCGCCAGGUACGAGGAUCUCCUGCCCUUCGGCUCCUUCAUCAACGCGGCGAAGUUCAAGAGCGCCAAGGACCUCGCUCGCUACCUCGUAUACCUGGGCAACCACCCCACGGCUUACCUGAGGUACCUGCAGUGGCGGCGGUUCUGGCGAGUGCGCUGGCCCACGCCCUGGUGCCAACUCUGCUCUCGCCUCCACCAGCAGCAGUCCGCACCCAGCCUCGUCACGCUCGACUCCUGGUGGAACGCCACCGCCACUUGCUACGAUCCCCUCAGCUGGUGACGGCGCGUGGUGGUCGCCCCUCUUCUAAAUCAUGUUCAUGUUUCGUUCUGUAUUGUAUGUUCGUGUAUUGCUGAGCUCGAUGUUAACGUAUGCUCGUUAUGUCAUAACAUUCACACCAUUGUAUCUUCAUACGUGCCAUGUAUCUUCAUUGUAAAGAACCAACAUGCAUUGUACUAUAUCAUCAAAUACAA